AUGCUGGAUUCUGCUGGGAGAAAGGUGGCCCAGACGGGCUGUGAGGGAGCAGAGCACAGAACCACCCUGCCCGCCCCAGCGAGCGGCAAGUCUCACUUCCCCAUCGGCACUCGGGGCGGACCCUACCGGCGGCAGGUGAGUGCCCGGGACAGCCGGCGUGGGGAAGCGGGGCCGCUCCAGCCCCGCCGCCCCGGGAUCCUGCCGCCCUCUGCCCCGCGAGGCACCGCACGCUACGGGAGCUGCCCGGCCCCGGUGCCCGUGAGCCGAGCCGGGUCCUCCCGCCGCCGGCAGAGUGAUGCCGGGGUUCCGGUACCGGCGAUACCCACGGGACACACGGUCACGACAGCCACGGGCGGCCGGACCGCGCGCGGCCCCUUUAAGGGCACCGGGGGCUCCCGCCGGGCAGCGCCGCAUGGCGCGGCGGCGCGUGGGAGUCACGUGGGUGGGACGUGGCGGCCGCUGAUUGGCCCCCCUGCCCCGGCCCGCUGCAAUCAGCUGUUACUGGGACGAAGGGCAGGAAACGGCCUUAAAGGGGCAGCGCAGCUCAGAGCCUCGCCCCGCGGGGCGGCAGCGGCAGCGCCGGGAGUGCCGGCGAGGCAGUGGGUGAGCGCUUCUGGUCGGGCCGGGCCGGGCCGCCGCUCCGCUGUGCUCUCGCCCGCCGGCACCCGCGGCCGGCGCGGCCCCUUUAAAGAAGUUGUCCAGUCAUCGCGCGGCGCUGCCAAGUCAUCGGGGUCAGCCGAGUUCUUGCGGCCACGCCCCCCGCGCCCGCCCAUUGGUGCUCGCGGAGAGCGCUCACUUCUGAUUGGUCGAGGACUUAGAGCAACUUCUCGGAAUCGGGGCUGUGUCACCAGCCCCGGCACUGGGAGACGCCGCCCGAGGGCGGGCGGGGGCGGCCGGGCCGUGCCCGCGGCAGCGCCACGCCCCGUCCGGGGCCCGCGGAAGGGUCGAGCCCCUUCGGAGCCGCCCUGCCCCCGCCGCCCCUUCACCCGCUUGAAAAUGCCAACUCACAGCACGCGGGGCACGCCGGGAGCGCCGCUCCGCACUACAAUUCCCGGCGUGCCCCGCGACGGGGUGGCCCCGUCCGUUCCCAAGGCAACCGCCGCCCGGCCGGGAGGGAACCAAGCUCUCCCCCGGGGGAUGGGCGGGGCAGAACGCCGGCCUCAUCAUCCCAUUGGCUGAGCCGCGGGUAGCGCCGGGCCGCCAUUGGCUGGAGCGGGUGGCAAUCGCGGCGCGGGGGCGGGCGCGGCGCGCGCCGGCGGUACCGGCCGGCGAUUGGUUCGGGGGCGUGGUUGGGGGGCGUGGCCGGGGGCGGCUGCGUCAUGACUCCGCCAGCUGAUCCGGGACGGAGCCGGCGCGCGGCGGGGGGAGGUGGCGGCACCGGCACCGGGCACGGCCGGGGCGGCACCGGCGGGGCGGCGGCGCCGGGCCAGGCAAGGCCACGCCAGGCUGAGUCCUGCCCGAGUCCUGCCUGCCCGAGCCGCGCAGGAGGCAGCUGGCUCCCGUCCAGGUGGGACCCUGCCAGCAGGGAUGGAUGCCCGAGGUGCUGCCGUGCCCACCCUGCUCCUGGCUAGCCAGCACCAGUUCUUCAGUGGCAAGCUUUAUGUCCUUCUCCAGUAGCUAAAGCUGCCAGUUGAAGAACUGUUGAAUGUAGCCACUCUCUUCUCGUCACUGGGACCUUGGAUGCCAGCCAGAGCCGUGCCCUGAGCCACCAGGAUGAGCCACUCUGCAGAGUCCUGUGGAUUGGAGGGCUGAGGAUGAGCCUGAUCAGGAUGAAGAAAGUCUCCUUGGAGCCUUCUUGCCUGGAGCAUUGCAGGCAGCUGUGCCAGAAGGGUUGCCAAACUGUGUCCCCCCCUCAGCGGGGUGGCACUGAGCUGGGAGGAGACUGAGAGAAGCAUUAAACGUUGUUUUGCUCAA